AGCUAUUGCAUUGCACCACUCAAUUAGUUUCAUCCCCAAACAGUACUAGCUAGCUAGCACUUCCAGUAUUUCUGAUCACCUUCACACUUUACACUCUCAGAGACACAGAAAUGUCGAGUAAUAUGUGGAAGAAGGCGAAACCCUAUUUGCUGACGAUAGGUUUGCAAUUCGGAAGUGCAGGGAUGUACAUCAUAAGCGCUGCGACUCUCAACCACGGCAUGAAUCGAUAUGUUCUUAUUGUGUAUCGCAAUGCUAUUGCAGCUCUUGUCCUCGCUCCUUUUGCUUUGGUUCUUGAAAGGAAAACGAGGCCCAAAAUGACGCUUUCAAUCUUUUUCCACAUAAUGGUGCUGGGAUUUCUAGAGCCGGUCCUUGAUCAGGGCUUUGCUUACUUGGGAAUGAAAUAUACUUCGGCAUCAUUUACUUCUGCCAUCAUGAAUGCCGUUCCCUCUGUUACCUUUGUAAUUUCCGUCAUUUUCCGGAUAGAGCAUGUAAACAUUAAGGAAGUCCGGAGUCAAGCGAAGGUGAUAGGAACCCUAGUGACCUUUGGGGGAGCUUUGUUGAUGGCAAUGUACAAAGGCCCUGCCAUUAACAUAGUAGGCUCACAUGAUGACGGAGGCCACCAUGAAAGUAGCAGCCGCACCUCGAGCACACACUGGGCAAUGGGGACGCUCUUUAUCCUCAUAGGUUGUGUGGCUUGGUCCUGCUUCUACGUGUUACAAUCUGUAACACUGAAGAAAUACCCGGCAAACAUAUCCCUUUCCUGCUGGAUUUGCUCGAUGGGCGCAAUGCAAGGUGCAGCAGUAGCGUUUGUUGCAGAGCGCCAUCCUAGUGCUUGGGCCGUCGGCUGGGAUACGAGGCUCCUAGCACCUCUCUAUACAGGAAUAGUUAGCUCUGGAAUUACAUACUAUGUGCAAGGGUUGGUAAUGAAAACUAGAGGACCAGUAUUUGUAACAGCUUUUAACCCUCUCUGCAUGAUCCUCGUCGCAAUUCUGGCUUCGUUCGUUCUAGCUGAGAAACUCCACCUGGGCAGUAUCAUUGGAGGCUUUAUAAUCGCCAUCGGCCUUUACGCUGUGGUGUGGGGUAAAAGCAAGGACUAUAGUACUAGUACUAGCCCAACCAAUGAUCCCACUGAUCUCAAGGAUGAGAAUGAAGCUCACAAAUUACCAAUUACUACAACCAAUGGGACUAAACUGACCAUUAUUGGCGGCAAAAAUAGCAGCAACCAGCCAGCAGAGAUGCAAUUUAUGACGGUCCAAAAAUAAAGCUUCCCAUUGGAAAACCCUAGCUUUUCUUUCGGGACAGCUCUACUAUCAAGUUGUGAAAUGAACUGUUAUCAAUCAACGAAGCCAGAAUAAGAUCGAGUAUAUGUUGUGGUUCUUCUUUUCUCAAUGAAAUAUGUAUGUACGUAUAGCGGUAUCCUGCACAAAGUUCUGCAGUCGGGUCUCCUUUUGUCUUUCACAGUUUUGUGGGUACAAAAAUUAGUCAUAUUUAUCUUUGAACGUACAAUAGAUCGGUCGAUCUUGAAUAAUAUUAUUGUACAUAUCAGAUUUUGUAACCACAUUAUUGGCAAAUUAUUUAUCUCUAACAAAGUUAGGGUUCGCUUGCA